CAAAACUGUUGUGCUACAAAACUACUGCCUUAGUUCUACGGUAAUCCCUCCUGAUUUUCUUGAAUAAUACUACUGUUGUGCAACUGGGCUUAUACUGCUACCAAACACCCCCACAAUCUUUCACUUUCUAGUAUCUGCUACUUUGCUACUUGAGAAAGAAAUACUACUACUCAGAGAAAGACCCCUUUGUUUCUCUUAGGAGUACUUUCUUUGCAGUAGCAGCAGUUAAACGGCAGAGGAGCAGGUGGCCCUAAAACGGGGGAUUUAUCAUUCAAAGAUUGAGGGAGGAAUUGUCUUGAAGAUUUUUAGAAGCAGAAGCAGAACAAGAGAUGGGGAUACUGUAUGAUGACUUAGUGAUUGUGAGGCACUCAGAGAAAGAAGGAGAGCCAAGUGUCAUCACGGUGAAUUGCCCAGACAAGACCGGCUUAGGUUGUGAUCUUUGCCGCAUCAUUCUUUUCUUUGGUCUCUUUAUUGACCGAGUUGAUUUAUCUACGGAUGGAAAAUGGUGCUACCUAGUGUUUUGGGUUGUCGGCAAACCGACCACCAGGUGGGGUCUUUUGAAGAAGAGACUCGUGGAGGCCUGCCCUUCUUGUUCUUCGGCUUCUGGCAUUUCCUUUUACACUGAGUUGCAGCCGCCCAAACCUCCUGAUGUAUUCCUGCUGAAGCUGUGUUGCUAUGAUAGAAGAGGCCUUUUGCAUGAUGUGACGGAGGUCCUCUGCGAACUGGAGCUUGUAAUCAAGAAAGUAAAGGUAUCCACCACUCCGGAGGGAAAAGUAAUGGACCUGUUCUUCAUCACUGAUACCAGGGAACUUCUACAUACAAAGAAAAGACAACAGGACACCUAUGACCAUUUGAAAGAAGUUACGGGCAAUGCCUUGAUUAAUUGUGAUAUAGAAAUGAUUGGCCCUGAAGCUACUGCAUGUUCUCAGGGGCCCUCAUUUCUUCCUCAUGAAAUUACUGAUGGAAUGCUUAAUUUAGAGAUGCUUGAUGAACAGCAAAGUGGAUAUCUUCCCCCAGACAGCGUAUCUAUAACAAUGGAUAACUUAUUAAGUCCAGGCCACACACUUGUGCAGAUAGUUUGCCGUGAUCACAAAGGUCUCUUAUAUGACAUAAUGAGAACUUUGAAAGAUUACAAUAUCCAGAUAUCAUAUGGCCGGUUUUCAACAAAAAGAAAAACAGAAUGUGAGCUCGACCUAUUUAUUAUGCAAACAGAUGGUAAGAAAAUAGUUGACCCAAGCAAGCAGAGUGCUCUACGUUCUCGUCUUUGGAUGGAAUUGUGUCGUCCACUGAGAGUAGCGUUAGUCAGCCGAGGUCCUGAUACAGAACUUCUGGUUGCAAACCCAGUGGAGUUAUCUGGAAAGGGUCGUCCCCUCGUUUUUCAUGACAUCACCCUUGCUCUCAAAAUGCUCAAGACCGGCAUCUUUUCGGCUGAGAUUGGGAGGCACAUGAUUGGAGAUCGGGAAUGGGAAGUAUACAGAGUUUUACUUGAUGAAGGGGAUGGGUUGUCUGUCCCAAGAGAGAAGAUUGAGCAAGCUGUUUGGAAAAUGUUGAUGGGUUGGGAGUGAUUUGCCUUGUACAGGCUAGCCUACCUUUUGUACAGUUACUUAAGUUAAUUAGAACCACCUACAUGAUGUAAGUGUGCACAAGUACAUGUAUUACAUGUUGCAAGAAGCGGAGUACCUAUUAUAGCUCCUGAAAUACUAACCUUAUAGUGUAAAUACGAGGCAAAGUAGAUAGCGAAGAGAUAAAUUGACCAGUUUAUCUUUUCUAACGAUGUUGUAUCUUCAAGGCGGAGUUGAUGGAGAACUCUUUUUUUCCUUUCCAUGGUAGAGUGAAAUAAAUCAACAAACCCCAAAUUGCAGCCA